AUGGACCCUCACGGUGUUCCCAAGCGCUGCCACUACGGAACUGACUAUAACGAGUACCAGGACACCCCAUGCGACCACUCCGCGUACGGCCGGUGGCUCUUCGACCCGCCAAGGGCCAAGUACACGUGGCAGCUGUACCCGUGCGCACAGCCACUCCCGCCGCCCUCUGAAUGGCUCAGCGCGCUUCAGUCUCGGGAUAUCUACGAGAUCAACAUCGUGGGUGAUUCACAUCAACGGUUCCUGUUCAACUACCUUUUCUUCUUGCUGACGGGAGAGGCGUAUGCAUCGGACACCAAGAAAUGUGCUUAUAUGAUGCACGAGGUCAUGCCCUCUCGGCCCUCCUCUCCUCCUCUUCCUCCUCCCUCUACUCCCUCUCCUCCCGCUCCGUCUGCUUCAUCCCCGGCUCGUCCCACGAUCUCAGCGUCAGAUCCGGUUUCUGGAGCCUUUGCUCUUCCCUCUCCUUCUGCCGUCUCUGCUCCGGCUGCUGAUGUGCCUGCGACCCCUGCUGCUGCCACCUCUGCUCCUGCUGCCGAGGGGGGCAUCACAAGGCAGCAACAGCAGUCAGGCUGCAGAGCUGCGGCCGUUGAAGCUCAACUUCUACUGGAUUGCUGGGAUCUACAAUCUGGCCUCCUCCCCUCAGGAAAGGAGGAGGAGGAGGAGGAGGAGGAGGAGGAGGAGGAGGAGGAGGAGGAGGAGGAGGAGGAGGAGGAGGAGGAGGAGGAGGAGGAGGAGGAGGAGGAGGAGGGGAAGAAGGAGCAGCAGCAGGUGCUCCUGCUGCUGCUGCAGCACGCGCAGAAGGUGAGGCGAGAAGCAGAGCAGGUACGGAUUCGAAGCGAAAGCGAGGUAGCAUAUAUGGAGGAUGGAGAGGAGGAAGAGGAGCAGGAAGAGGAGGAGGAGGCAGACCUAGAGAAUAUCCAGAACCUUGGAAAUAUCCAAGUAGAAGAGCCGUUGCUACGGGGGAUGGAGGAGCUGGUUCAGCCAAUAGCGUCGCAGGCCCGGCCGCCCUUCGACCAAUGGGGAGCGAGCGGGCGGACGGAGUGGGCCUUUGCACUGACCCUCCGGGUGGCGUUGACUGGCGUUGACUCGUUUGACCUGGCGCUACAGCCGCUGGUGGACGAGGAAGGGCUCACAGGGGUGGAUCCCACAGUGGGAGUCUUCGUGGAGCGACCUGAUUGGCUGCUGCUCUGGAUCCAAUUGGAGCACGCCAGCGCACGCAGGGGCGUGCUAGCUGUCAUGGGCAGGGACGCUUCCUGGAAGGUUCCUCGGGAUGGGGAGGACGAGGCAAGCAUGGGGUUGCAGGAGUUGACCUCUACUGGCCUGCUGCUGAAUGUGGUUGACCGUUCUGCAGCAACGGAAACAGAAUUGUUCCCUGCAGCAGCAGCGGGAACGGCAGGAAACGGAAUUGUGGAGUUCCGACCGCCGCCCGUUGCUCUUCAGCUGAUUGAGAUUCUCCGGGCGGCUGUCUCCCGAUGCGGGCGGCUUUCCGGGACCGUAUCUGAAGGCACUGCAGCAAGCAGCACUGUAGCAGGCAGCAGUGACAGUAAUGAGGGGAGUGGCGCCAGCAGUAGCAUGACCAGCCCCAGGGCCAUCGGCCGCGGACGGCAGCGCCUGUCUUAUGUCGAGGGGCUCUGCCGCCCGAUUCUCUCGGCGUUUCUGAAAGAGACGGAGCAGAGAGCGGACGAGAUAGAAGCAGCAGGAGCCCUGGCGAGAGAUGGGGAUCUAGAGGAUAUGGCUGGGUGUGCCAAUGCUGCUAGGUUUGUAGCUCAUGCGCUUGGGACGUGGCAGGAUGAAGGGUUUCUUGUGGAGGCAUGGGAGGAAGGGAGGAGGGAGAGGAGGGAGAGGAGGGAGAGGCAGGCAAGGAGGAAGAAGGUGAGGGAGCCUCCUUUGCAGCAGAGGAAGAAGGAGAGUCAGCAGCAGCAACAGCAGAAGGAGAACGAGAGAGAGCAGGCUGAGGCAGGAAGACGAAAGGUGGAAGGGGAGGAUCAGGAGCAAGGGCAGGGGCAGGAGGAGGAGGGAGGAGGAGACGGAUGGGAGCUUUUGGAUGCUGAAGAGAAUGAAAUCGAAGGGGAGCAACAAGGCCUUGUGUUACACCAACAAAAACAGCACCAGCAUCAGGGGGAGAACCAGCAGAAGAUCCAAUCGGAGCAGCAAGGAGAGCAGCACGCAGGGCAACACACAGAGCAGCACAUGCACCGAAUUCAGGACCUACUAGACCAAUACUUUGGCCCUGGUCCCGACCUCUUCUCCUCUGAAAUCCACCGCCUCGCCUCCCUGCACUCCACGCUCGUCGCCAGGCUGGCGACAGCUGUCGCGCGUGGAUUUGUCACCCGCACCGCCGACUACCCACGUGCCAUUGUGCGCGUCCAGGCCCCUCCUCUCUCCCUUCCCUCUCCUCCCUCUCCUCCUUCCGGCGAUGCACACUCUCUCUCCCACUCCUCCGCCUCCCUCGGCCUCUCCUCCUCUCUGGUCGAUGCGCUCAUCUUCCUCCGCCUCCGAUUACUCUCCGCCCGCCACUCACUCGACGCGGCUCUCUUCUCCUCCUUCUGGCGCCACCUCGCUGCCUUCCUGGAUCGUUACCUAGUGGAUAAAAUCGUGUUGGGACGAGAGGUGAGCGUAGGCGUGGGUGUGGGGGUGGGGGGUACAGAGGUGGCAGGAGGGGGAGGGGUUGGAGGAGCUGGAAGGGUGAGCGGAGGGGCAGGUGUUUUUUCAGAUGGGAUGGGCGCUCGGGGUGCGUCGAGUGCGAAAAAGAGUGCUGCUGGUGGGGCGGGACUUGUGUUGGGCAGCUUGAAAUUUUCGGAGCGGGCGGGGCAGCAGUAUUCGUACGACAUGCAGGUGGUGGUGUCGGUGUUUGAGAUUGCCACCCCCCGGCCGCUUAACUUCUUCAAAAAGACGAGAGACGCCGCCCGGCUGAUGGCCAUGACGGAUAGAGACGCCAACGGGUUACUGUUCAUGCUGUCGCUGGUGAGUGGGUCUGGGGCAGCAUCGUCUUCAUCCUCGUUAUUAUCUUCUUCAUCAAAAGCACUGGCGUUGGCCAGUGCAGCUAUAGGGGCUGCUGGGGCGGCUGUUGGUGCUGGUGGUAGGGAUGUUGGCAGUGGCGGGGAUUCAGGGGGGGAUGCUGAAAAAGAAAAGAAAAAGAAAGAGAAGGAGAAGGAGAAUAAGAGCAGUGACAAGACGGGCGCUGUUGAUACGGGCGCUGCUAAACAGGUACCUGCUAAAGGGGAUGCUAUUAAAGGGGAUGCUGUCAAGGACGGCGCGGUCGAAGGCGAUACUACCGGAGAUCCCAAGGCUGGUUCAAAGGGUCCGGAGGAGCAAGGUGCCGGCAAGUCGCCACCUGCCGACGAGAAGUCAGGGAACGGCAAGGGGACUAAAGUGUCGCAGCCUCUUUCGCCAAAAGAGUCGCCCGGUGACUCGCCAGACGCGCCUUCCAGCAACCAGUCGCAGGAGCAGAAGGAGUCGCAGAAGUCGCAGGAAAGCUCCACAGAGCCUGCGGCAACGCCUGAAAAGCCGCCUGCUAGCGAAGCAGCGUCGGGAGAAAAGCCCGUCAAUGGUGCCGGCGACGAGUCAGCGCCGAAAACGGCGCCGAAAUCGGCACCGGAGCCCGCGCCGGAACCUGCGGCGGAACCACCGCCGGAACCUGCGUCAGAACCAACCCGAGCCGUAGAUGGCAAUUCCAAUCUGAGUUCAGAUGGCGGUGGCGGUGGGGAUGGAGGAGAGGGUUCAGGGGACAAUAGCACGGAAGCUUCGUCGAAUAAUCAGGGUCCGAGUCAGCCAAGCGAUGACGGAUCGUCGGGAGACAAGGGCGUGCAGGAGUGGAACGGAGGGUCGAAAGAUGACGGAAAAGAUGGCGGAAAAGGAGACGGAAGCGGUGACGGGGGGCAAGGGAAGGGCGGGACGGAAACCGCCGGGUUCAGGAUGAAAGACGUGAAGCGCGCCAAUUCCGUGAAGCCCCAGAAGAUCGACGGCUGGUUCGCCAUCCACGAUGGCUACAGUGGCGAAGCUUCGGCGCUUAAGGCGGCUGAUGUCAUCUUCUAUGGGGACUCGCUCAUAGAGGGAUGGAGUGAGAAGUUUCUGGGAAGGCAGCUGGGACUCUACGCUGGAGUCAGCGGCGUGUUCGAUGCUCUCAAGGCGUCUCUCGGUGCGGGGAAGGAGGUGCGGGCGUUUGGGAUUGCUGGCGAUACAACGGACGACCUUAUAUGGAGGUUGGAGAACGGCGAGCGCCCAGCCUCUCUCAGCCUCUCGCUGGCAGUGGUCUGCGUGGGCAUUAACGACGUUUUCGAGUCUGUUACUAACGGAGGCGUGGACGCGCAGGCGAUCGCUAGUAAGGUUGGCGAAAUGGUAACCGCAAUUCGCGCGUCACAACCCACCACGAAAGUGCUCGUCCUUGGCCUGUUACCCGAGGGGUACCUCUCAAAAUCAUCAACACCAGAUCCCCAGCCAGGGCAAGUCAACGCCGUUCUCGCACAGUCAAUUCCAGAUGGCACGAGCACCUACUUCCUGGACUGUAAGGAUGCGUUCCUUAACGAGGAUGGCCUUCUGCUUGAAGACCAUUACAUCAAUGAUACCUUCCAACGCCUACACCUGUCAGCAGCUGGUUACGACGCAUGGGCCAGAUGCAUUUCCCCACAGGCCCAGACCAUCCUCGGGGAGAAGCCUGUAGGCGUGCCUGUGGCAUCUUCUCCCGACCAGGGAAAUGACAGCAGGUCGACCAGGCAAUAG